AUGGAGACACGUACUCAUGAAAAGGAGAUGUCCGCAAUGCUAGAGGAUGCGCACGAUUUGGCUUUGGAUGCAGAAGAAGAGGAAGAAAAGGGUAACAUCGUCCUGAAAAGUGGAAAGAAGCAAAGAUACGAGAUUGUGAAGCCCAUUGUUGCUGGAAACAACAGCACCGUUUAUCUAGUCAACCAUCUUCUGAAAGAUGGGUCGAUCGUAAAGAUGGCGAUGAAAGCCGAAAAUCAAGGGAUCAAAUCGGAAAGCACAGGAUUUGCUCUUGCGAAUGAGAUACGAUUUCUAGUAGAAUACCAAAAAAGGUGGAGAGAUCAGGUACAUGGAUGUGAGCACUUGCUUCCCAUCUGCGAUUAUGGACAUUCAAAGAGAUACAAAUUUUUGAUUAUGCCUUUACUUGGACCGAAUCUUGACCAACUGCGAGAAGAAAUGAAGAAGGAAUUUUCGCCGACCACAGCUGCCCGACUGUCCAUCCAAGCACUGGAAGCUGUGUCGAUGCUGCAUCAGAUUAAAAUUUUGCACACACGCAUAGAGCCUUCACAUUUCUGUAUAGGUACAGAACAUCAACGGAAUGUUUUGUUUUUGAUUGGAUUAGGGCACAUCGUCACUUCCAGCAAAACACCCACUUGGAACCGCAAACCUCAGUAUUCACCAAGAGCAAUUGCCAAUAAAAAUUUGUACAACAUGGAGUUGGAGUGCUGGUUUUUUACGCUUUUGGAUUUGUUUGGGAGGAAUGAAUUACCGUGGAAUAAAUUCAAAAACAUGUCGAAAGAGACGAUUGAAGAGCGAAAGUUGCUUAUGUUCAACUCUGUAGUAGCAGGUCCAGGAAAUCUGCACAGCCGCGGAAGUGGUCUCAAUGUUUUCCCAAUCGAAGUGCGUACAAUUUGUGCUAUCAUGAACAAGCAGAAUUACAAGGUAUCCGACUUGAGACUGCAGCUCAUAAAAUUACUUAACAGAGCUAACGUUGGCAUAAAUGUUCCAUUCGAAUGGGAAGAAACGCCGGAAUAUCUAGCUUGCAAGGAUAUCAAAUUCGACAUGAAGCAAUAUAAAUUGAAUGUAGAAGCGAUAAGAGAAUGCACAAAAAGAUUACUCAAAGAUUACAAGCCACCUCCGAAGGACGAAUCGGGGAGUCAAACCUAGAACAUAAUUUAAAAAUCCAGAC